UGGUUCGAACUAGUUGGUUUGGAUGUAUUAACGUUCCAGACUUGUAUUGUAACAAGGUAGUUGUAUAGGAUCCGGGGUUUGGCAGUGCAACUUGAUGUUGUAGGAGUGCAAUCUGUUUGUGUAUUAGUUAUCUUGCAUCCCAAUUUUUUUAUUACGCAGAAAAAUAUUUUAUACAAAUCCUCCAAACAUGCCUAAGAAGGCGGCCGCUGAUACAGUAAUAGACAAAUCACUACCAGCACCAGGUUAUAUGCAAUUGAGGAAGAGAAGUAUAAAACCAACCAAAGAAAACCCAAAAAAGAAAGCGACUCCUCAAAAAAAAACCAAGGCCAGAGCAGCCAAAGCAAAUCCACCACAAGCUAAUCAAGAAACCACUGAUGAUUCUGUACCUGCAGAAAAUGGUGAACGGAAAAACAAUGAGGCACCCAUUGCUGGAGAGAAUGAAGCCAAGUCAGAAUAACAUCUGUCUUGCCCCUUAUCAUUGGUCGAUGUACCUCUUGUACAAUUCAGAGGAAUAUUUUUAUCAACUAUUUUGUAAAUGCAAGGUUUUAGUAGUUCAAAAAUGGGCAACGCCAUUUUGAAAUAGGAGGGAAUCCCAACACAAUUACACCGUUCUUUCUUCCCUGCCAUCCGUUUUCCAUCUAAAGAAGUUAAUGUGUGUAAAUGUUAAUUUCUUUUAUAUUAAAGAUAAAAUAAUUGUGUACUUGGAUGUUACAGGAAUUUUGCCAUGAAAUCCACAAACACACUGGUGAGAGAUGUUAGUGAGUUUGAAAAUCUGUUUUGAUAAUCCAUGUAACAUUCCAUGGGCAAGGGUGGGACAGUUUAUUAUCCUGACUGUCAUGGACAUUUUAAAAGAACUGAAAAACUGGCUUUUCUCAAAAUAUUUUAGACUUGUUUGUAUGUUAAACAACAAAGGUUUAGGAAACUUGUGUGCCCAUUGUUUGAAAUUUUAAUAGAUAACUUUUGCCUCCAAAUCUGCUUUAGUCAUGGAUUUCCCUCAUAGACUGUGUGGCAAUUUUGUCUGGACAAUAUCUGUGAUAGUAUUUCUUGGACUUCCUUUUUUCUUCUGUGAAACUGCUGUGAAUGGGUUCAGUAAGAUAGCUUUGGGGGUUUAUAGUGUGAUAUGUCAGCAGUAUGAAUAGGUUAAUUACCUACAGAAAGUUCUGACUGCCAUGCGUGCGUAACAAAUGUUAUACAUAUUUGGUCAAUGUUCCCAUAGUUACAUAAGUUUUCAAAACAUCAUGCUGAAAGGUCACUGAAACUUUGGAAUUAUGGUAUUAACAUUUUUAACUACAAGUAUUUUGAAACCUUUCUUCCUAUUUCGGUACAGGUUCUGUGUAGGAUUGUACAGACUGUUCAUAGCUGUAUCUGUGUAAUGGUGAAUUUUAAAAAAAUCAAUAAAAUACAUGGCUUAA